GCCCCACCCCGCUUCCUUCUACCUGUCUUUUACUGAGUACUGACGAGCUGUCGUAUAAUGAGAAAAAUACUGGAUAUUUACAGAAAUACUCUUGUUUUCAUUUAAAUUUGAAAAGCUGUGUAUAAACAAUGGAUAAAUGUGGAAUCUGCCUAAAUUCUGCAGACCAAUUAUUUGAAACUGGUAAGGAUGGGGUCUAUGCUUGUUUCAAAUGCCAACCCCUAGUCCCUGAAGUUACAAUUGGUGACAACAAUCAGGAAGAAACAGAGGAACAGUCUGCACUAAAAGAUGAGGACUUGCAGGAGUCGGAGUCUGGGCUGUACUGUGAGAUCUGCAACAAAUAUUUCAACAAGAGCAUGCAGUUGCAGAACCAUAUGCGCAAUCACCGUGCAGAGAGACGUUUUGUAUGCACCUACUGCAAUAAAGCGUUUUCUCAAUCAAACAACUUGCGGGCACAUCUCCGCAUUCACACCAAUGAGCGACCAUACAAAUGCCAAGAGUGUGGAAAAGCUUUUACACAGGUCACAAACUUGAAUAAUCAUGUACGUCUUCACACUGGUGAGCGGCCUUUUGCUUGUCCGGAGCCCGGUUGUGAUAAGGCCUAUGCGCAGGUGACGAAUCUAAAUCAACAUCGUAAAAGGCAUAUAAGCGGACGACCUAUGGAGCCCAAUUACGACUGCACUGUCUGCGGAGAACGCUUCUCUCAACGAAAUCAUAUGUACAUGCACAGGCGGGAGGCGCACUACAUCAAGAACACCGCGCGCAGCGUGCGGCACACGUGCAAGCUAUGCGCCGCCACGCUGCCCAGCGAGAAGCUGCUGCAGGACCACGUCGCGCAGCACUCCGUCAAAGAGAAAACCCAAGUCGAAGAGCAUAAGUGGGGCGUGUCGUGCGUGUUCUCGUCGUGCGGCGUGCGGCUGUCGUCGCCGCGCGAGCACACGGAGCACCUGCUGCGCGCGCACCAGCUGCGCGUGCUCGCCAACACGCGCCACGACGCGCACCUCCACCCGCCGAGGCGCGGCCGACCGCCCAAGAUUUUAAAAGACCCUCUGGACGUCUCAGCACACCAAGAAUAUGAAGAAGUAAAAAUAAUUAAAGAAGAGCCACAAUAUUUGCCCAAGCUAAAAGUGCAGAGUCUGUUUCAGUGAUAAAAGUUAUAUAAAGCAGACAUUCUAUGAUAGAAUAACAGUUUAAACAUAGUUUCCAUUAUUUCACAAAGUUUAGGAACUUAAUGAAGAACCACUAUAUUAUGUACUUAGAUGGAUAUCAAUAUGAUAUAUUUAGGUAUGUUUAAGAAUAUUCGAGAAUAUUUUAAUUAAUUAAUUUUAAGAUAAGUACUAUAAAUAUUGUAAGUGCAAUUUACUUUUAACUAUUCAUAAGUUGUAAAGAAAAUCUAAAAUAUAUACGUAGAUGAAAUAAGUAACAGGCAAUAAAAUAUAUAAUAUUGGUUAUUCGAAACUUAAAGGAUUAUAAAGUAGUCAGUUAUGUUUUGUUUUAUAAAAUGUAAACAAUACGAAAGCAUAGAAAUUCGAGUUAUUUUCUGCGGGUUUUCACGUAAAAACAAUUAAUAUACUUAGGUCCUACUUAAUUUUUGGGUAUUGGAGUAAAGUGUAAACUGAUAUAAUUAUUACCUAUGCCUAGAUGAAUAGUCAUUGAUCAGUCACCUCGUCCUAAGAGGUCAAAAUUAGAUGACUCUCAGGAAGUUGACACAGAAAGAAAGUGAUAAAGUUGAAAAAUAAAGUUUUUGAAGAAAGUGGACUCAUUCAUUGACCUGAUUAUGCAUAAUGGUUGGCAUAGUCCCAGAAAAUAGACCCUUUUUAAUGACAUUAUCUUCUCGUUUUAUCUAAUAUUACUUAAAUUAUGAAAGUUUUAUCAUCUGAACAUUUUAAUUAUUAUGCACAAUACCCACGUAAAAACAUAUUCACAGAAUAUAUCCCCUGUUGCGUGUAAGUAUAAAAGAAAAGUACAUAUUAUUAUAUUAUACAAAGUAAUGUUAUUAUGUAAAUAUGAAUAAAAAAAGUUAAUUUGUAUACCUAUAUUUCUUUUUUAUUAGAAUAUUUUUGUAUAUCUACUGAUUGGUAAUUCGAUAAUAUUCAUUUUUUAAUUACUUACCUAUACAAAGUAAAAAAAAAAACUCGUCGAAACAAAUGAUCAAUAUGCCUACUUAUAUUCAAUUUUCACUGUAUAUUUUAUUAAGUAGGUAUAUAAUAAUAGUAUGUUACAUAAUAUAUUAUAUUUUAAUUGAUUUGAGCUGGACUCCGAAACUAUCUGCAAUCCGUUUAAGAUUGGAAUAAUUUUAUCUAAAACUCUGACAGUAAGCUGUUGUGAUCUCAUGAAAUCACAAGAAAAUUGUUCUUAAUUUGAACCUUAAGGCUACUAUGAUAAGGUUUAGAAUUUAGUCGGCUUUAAAACCUGUGUGAUGGUCUCGAAAAAGUAUUAUUUAUGUAAAAGAUAGUUUCUAUGUUUAGUUUGAAACUACAAAUUUUAUGUUUGAAUAUCAUCAUACGUAUCAGUGUGUUGAUCGUAGUCUCCUCUGAUUGGAUCUCUCAAGAUUGUUGUAAUGUGAUAGUCCCAAUUUGGUGCUAGCCCUGAGAAUGUUGUGAUUAUCGCAAUGCUACAAUUUCAUUUGUUAUAAUAUUUUGACAAUGACAAGUCUAAAUUUAUUGCUAUCCCUUUUGGUAUUGCUAGACAAUGCAGUGUUCUGCUUUUGAGUUUCUAGAUCUAGGCCUAAGUUACCCUAUUUUUUUAUUUAAAUAGCUCGCGUUCAUUUCACGACCUUAAAUCUUAAAUCUUGUGACGAAAAGAUUUUUGGUUAUCAUUUUCAAAGUAACCUAAGUAACGUCUCAGUAACGCAUAAUUAAUUAGUUGGUAUAUCCAUAAAAAUACGCUAUUAUUCUGCAAUCUAGAAUGAAUUGUUUUUUAUUCUGUUUUCCGAGUGUACCUAUUACCUUCUACUCUCCCAAGUUUUUACCCCAAAUUACCCUAAAUCCCUGUCAACAUAAAAUACCCUAAGCCGUACCUAAAAGUAGUCGUUUCCCUAAAUCCCUAAAAGUGGAAACACUGUCACCAUGCUUCAGAAAAGGAUAGCACUGGAUGUAGGCCUGUCAGCUUAGUUUGGAGAUUGUGUAAAACGAACAAACCUUAAAGUCAGCCAGUCAGAAGUGGUUGCGAUGCACUACCUGUAACUAACAAAUUACGGCGGUAGGGCAGCUGGUCAAUGUCAUCGCCAUCGUAUAUCAUCAUCGUAAUAUGAUGAUAAUAAUUAAUCUAUGCUUAUAAUAAUAAAAUUGAUAUCAAUCAAUGAUCCAAUGAUAUUAUUUUAUCAAACUGGAGUGAAAAACUAACGACCUUUUUAUUAAUACGUAACCUCUCCGCCGCAGCUGCUGAGGUGUGCGAUCAACUUGUUAAUUUAUUUCUUUGAGUUUAAAAAUAUAACUCCUUUGCGAAAAAUGUCAUUUUCACUUGGU